GUGGCCGCCAUGGCGUCUCCCUUCAGCGGGGCGCUGCGGCUCACCGACUUAGAUGACUUCCUCGGGCCGUCGCAGGAGUGCAUCAAGCCGGUGCAGGUGGACCGGAGGCCGGGGACCAGUUCGACCAAGAUCCACGUGGAGGAUGAUGGCAGCUACGUGCAAAUCAACCAGGAUGGGGGAACACGGAGGCUGGAGAAGGCCCGGGUCUCACUGGACGACUGCCUGGCCUGUAGCGGCUGUGUCACCUCAGCAGAGACUGUGCUCAUCACUCAACAGAGCCAUGAGGAGCUGAGGAAGGUUCUAGAAGCAAACAAGGUGGCAUCGCCUGAUCAGCAGAAGCUGGUGGUCGUCUCUGUCUCGCCCCAGUCCAGAGCAUCGCUGGCUGCCCACUUCCAGCUGGACCCCACCGACACUGCCAAGAAGUUGACCACUUUCUUCAAAAGGCUUGGGGUGCAUCACGUCUUCGACACUAGCUUCUCCAGGAACUUCAGCCUCCUCGAGAGCCAGCGGGAGUUCGUGCGGCGCUUCCGGGCACAGAACCUGCCCGUGCUGACUUCCGUCUGCCCAGGCUGGAUCUGCUAUGCUGAGAAGACCCAUGGCAACUUGCUGGUCCCUCUUAUCAGUACAGCUCGGUCCCCGCAGCAGGUCAUGGGGGUCCUAGUGAAGGACUUCUUUGCCCAGAGGCAGCAUGUGAGCCCUGCCACCAUCUACCACAUGACAGUAAUGCCGUGUUAUGACAAGAAGCUUGAAGCGUCCCGAUCUGACUUCUUUGACCCCAAGCAACAGAGCCGCGACGUGGACUGUGUCAUCACCACGGGAGAGGUGGUUAGGCUGUUGGAGGAAGAGGGGGUGUCACUGUCUGCCCUGGAGCCGUCCCCCCUGGACAAUGUGUGUGAUGACCCAGGUGUUCAGGAGGCCACCAGCCAUCGGGGUGGGGGCUCAGGGGGCUACCUGGAGCACGUGUUCCGGUAUGCGGCUCGAGAGCUCUUCGGCAUCCAUGUAGAUGAGGUCACCUACAGGCCCCUGAGGAACAAGGACUUCCAGGAGGUGACGCUAGAGCGGGAAGGCCAAGUCUUGCUACGCUUCGCCACCGCCUAUGGCUUCCGCAACAUCCAGAACCUGGUGCAAAAGCUCAAACGUGGCCGCUGCCCUUAUCAUUACGUGGAGGUCAUGGCAUGCCCUGCAGGUACUGGGCUGCUGGGUAACAGGGGCGGCUUGCCUGGGACCCCCUUCCCCUACCCUGGCCCCCCUCUUCCCUGCUUGCUGUGCCCCCACAGGCUGCCUGAACGGUGGGGGCCAGCUCAAGUCCCCCAACAAGCCAGCCAAGGAGCUAUUGGAGCAUGUGGAGAGGCUGUACCGCGAGGUGAAGGCAGAGGAGCCCGAGGAGGUUCCUGGUAUCCAGGAUCUGUACCGGGACUGGCUGCAGGGCGAGGGUUCAGAGCUAGCUGACCGCCUGCUGCAUACCAGCUACCAUGCUGUGCCCAAGGCAGCCUCCAGCCUCAGCAUCCGGUGGUAAUUGCGUAGGUUUCGGAACCCUCCAAGGCCUCUGCUGUGGGGCUUCAGCCAAAAUGGAGCUCCUUGGCCCCCACUUCAGCCAUCCUGAAGCUGUAUCACUGGCUUGGCCCAGCACUCUGCCAUGAGGACGUGGCACCUGCUCUCCAGAGCCAGGCAUUAACUGCGCUGAGCAGGAAAGAGUCAGCUCAGCAUCUUUUCCACAGCUGACCCUACUUCUGGCCCUGGGAAGGCAACAACAGUGUUUGGCCAAGUGUGGAGGGCCCCCCCCCAUUUCCCUCUUUUACACCCUGUAAUAAAGGCCCCAAGCACCUCUGA